CCGCUGAUGUCACUCCCGGGAAUGCCUGUGAAAAAGAAGCGCGAGAUAGAAACUUGGGCGCGCAGCAUUACAUGUUUAGCUGGCGGAUGUUCGUGCGCUGUUUAAUGAGAGUGUUAAUUAUAUUUACUCGACCGUCUCAUUAACAUCACAGAUGUUUGUGUGUGUGUAUGGAUGCAGCACACUGUCCUCGUAAAGGGCUGUUUUAUUGGUGCAUUUUGAGCAAACAUUAGGGAAAUGUCGUGGUUUGCGCGCGGAGAGGACGAGGAAGAGGCCAUGUGUCAGGACACAGACUCUGAUGUGGCUGACCAGAAGGAUUGUGGGAAAGUGAAGGUGAAGUGGACUCAGGAGGAGGAUGAUAAGCUGCGAAAAUUGGUGCUGAAAUUUGGACCAAAUGAUUGGAAAACCAUUGCUGACUUUUUACCUAAUCGAUCAGAGCAUCAGUGUCAGCAUCGCUGGUUCAAAGUUUUGGAUCCGGAUCUCGUCAAAGGACCCUGGACCAAGGAAGAGGAUGAGAAGGUGAUUGAGCUGGUGAAGAAGUACGGUAACAAGCAGUGGGCGAUGGUGGCCAAGCACCUGAAGGGCCGUCUUGGGAAGCAAUGCCGAGAGCGCUGGCACAACCACCUCAAUCCAGACGUCAAGAAGUCUUCCUGGACUCCAGAGGAAGAUCUCAUCAUCUACAAGGCUCAGUGUGUGCUGGGCAACCGCUGGGCUGAGAUCGCCAAACUGCUUCCUGGAAGAACGGACAAUGCUGUCAAAAACCACUGGAACUCUACCAUCAAGCGUAAGGUGGAGACGGGUUUUUACGCGGGUGUGGACCCGACGCUCCAGGCGCUCCAGCAGCCGGACAGUGAGGAGACGGAGCAGCAGGUUCUUCAGCAGGACACCGAGAGCAUUGGGAAGGUGUGUGCUUCAACUCUGAUCUGUGAUGGAGCCAGCGAGGGAUCACCAGCCCAAGUCUUGAAGCCGGAUCCGGAUGCACAUGAGAAAGUCCCCACUGCUGCACACAGAACUGCAUCAUCUCCCCAGACCCCGACGGCUCCAGCGAGCCCCAGGAGUGAAGCGGGAGACUCUGCUGUGUCCACGUGGGUGAUGGACCGCUCCGGCUUCCUCUCUCCCUCAGCAGCCCCCACACUGAAGGAGGUGAUGGAGCUGAUGGAUGCGGAUCUGGAGGGGUGGUGUACGAUGUCGGACUUCGAGCUGCCGGAGGAGAGCCAGAGCCCUGAGCUGCUGCAGUUUCGUCUGGAGGGCAGCACCCUGCAGGAGCUCAGCAAGGGCAGCAAAGGGGAGCUCAUCCCCAUCUCACCCGGCGGGGCGACCCCUCCGUCCAUCCUGAGCCGCCGCACCCGCCGACGCAUCGCCCUGUCACCUGACCCCAACGACUCCAGGACCCCCAAGAGCACACCGGUCAAGAUCCUGCCCUUCUCUCCUUCACAGUUCUUUAAUAUGUGGACCAAGCAAGACGCGCUGGACCUGGAGAAUCCCUCUCUGACGUCGACUCCUGUUUGCAGCCAGAAGGCCCUCGUCUCGACCCCCCUGCACCGGGACAAAACCCCUCUCACGCUGAAGGACAACUCCCUGUUUAUCACUCCAAAUCACAAAUCUAAUCUGGACACGACUCCCCGGACCCCCACUCCAUUUAAAAACGCCUUGGAGAAAUACGGCCCCCUGCGGCCCCUGCCUCCGACCCCAAACUUGGAGGAAGACCUUAAAGAAAUGUUGCGCAAUGAGGCAGGAAUUGAGUUAAUAGUAGAAGACGAAACUCCUACAGAGAAGAAACGCAAACAAGUGCUCCGGCCGCCGAUGAAGAAAGUGCGUAAGUCUCUGGCUCUGGAUGUCAUUGACUGCAGUGAGACUGCUGCUGCACGAAAACUGCAAAUUAAACACGCGCUCAAGACCAGCCAGAAGGCUCAGACGGGGCGGUCGCUCUCUCCCGUGUCCUCGUGUGGAGUGAAGAAGGAAGAGAACCUGCUGGAUCAAGGGUUUAUUCUUGGCCCGAAUGAGAGCGGGCCGUCCACUAAACCUGUGCCCCCCCCACUGAAACAGAGUCCUCCGCUACCUAUGUCUCCAGUCUGGGAAACGGUUGUCUGCGGACGGACAAAAGACCAGCUGAUCAUGACGGAGAAAGCGAGGCGGUACCUUCGCUCUUUAAAAUCUCACGCCCCAAACCGAGCGCUCAUUCUUUCCUGAUCCCACACAGCUUCUGGGUGUUUUUUUUACAAAGCAUAAUGUGUAAAAUUUGUGUUGGUUAAAAAAAGUCAUGUAGAACAUGAAACCAAUUACUUGUUCCAGAACAGACACUUUAAUGCUGAUAAUGCUUUUGUCCUGUUUUCUGUGGCAUAUUAGCACAUUCAGAGCACCAUUUUACUUCAUUUAACCCUGUAUAAUAAGUGUAUUGCUAUUUUGUUUUAUUUAUGUAUUGUCAGCCUGUUUUGAUGUGGCAGCAAGCAUUUUGCAGCAAAUAUAAAAUGGCGAACAUCCUAAGCCAAGUAAAUAAUCAGGUGACUGUU